UGUCGUCUUGAGUUUGUUGAUCUCCAGGAAACCGUCCUUCCAGACAUUAAAAUAAGAGCAGACUUCGACAUUUGCACUUGGAAGGUAAGAGUUAUACGACUUUUCAACGUCAGACAAAUCAUUUAUGGUUCAAAGUUAUCUGGUGGGUCGUUUCUGGGAGCAAAUUGUUCUUAACAAGGGCCCUGUUUGAGCGGCCUCUACUAGCAGGGAAUGUUUGAUCAGCUGUUUUCAUCAGCUGGAUGAUACACUACAGUAAGUCUUAUAUUCUGCUGAAAUAUUGGCUAUAACUCCUUUAAGUGCUUCUCGGAAAAGGUCACCUAUACCGUUGUUGUAACGAUACAAGCUUAUCAGACUUUUCGCAGCAGUCGACUGUUUUCUCUGGGGAAAGGGAACAUUGAACUGAACCGGAAGAUCGAGGUGGUUACUCUCCAUAAUGGGACACAUGAGAUAAUGUGAGGCCCUGAAGUACCAUCCUCAGGCUUCAGGUUUAUACCUGUAUGAAAGGGUAGGAAAGAAAAUAGUAGGGUAGGGAAAAUGACAAUAAUAUUAUAGGUAUUUCAAAAAGGUCUGUCAAAGCUUGCUUGAAAUAUGACCAUCUUUAUUGCUGCGUGACUUUCAAACUAUAGAGAUUUGUAACUGUGGGAAUGAAAAGAAAAUUUUUUGCAUUUAUGUAUUUAUUAAUUAAUUCAUUCAUUUAUUUAUUUUUAUGGCAAUCUUUACAAACAGGCAUUUAGAAACACAAAACAGAUUGUACAUACAAAACAAUAAUAUUGCAGUAAGUUCAACUUAAGACGUUAAAAAAUGCUAGCUGUUGUUCAUCGUGCUUUGCUUGACUUUGAGUACAGCUCAGGCAGUGAAGGGAGGGGUGCGUACCAUUUACACAACCCAUCCGGGUGGAAAUCUUGUGCAUAAACAUAAAACUAUAGAAUUUGGCGUGUUGGGAGAACAACCCACUACAAAGUAUCCAAAUCAGUUGAUGAAGUAGAAAAAUUGCAUUGCCUGCCAACCAGAGCCCCCCUUCCCCAACAGUCAGCCUACUUUUAAUGUCAUGAGGUGUUGUGAGUAGUUCUUCUGUGCAACUCUGCUUACAGAUAAUAACUCAAUAUUAUGUUUGUAAUUUAUUUUGGUUGGCCCUUUCAACUCAGCCUGGGGAUGAAAAUAAAUGGAUUGAAAUAGGUGAGUGUUUUUAUUUUCAUCACUGAUGACAAAGCAAUCAAACAGCUGUACCGCAUAAUAAGAAUAUUUCUCUAAACAAUCUCCCACUGUAAAAGCCAUGCUUUCCUUUAUGGAUAUCCAUAUUCCCUUAAUUUGAAAAAGGCACCUGCCUCAGUGGCUAACAUUUUAAUAUCUCAGGAAUGGCUUUUUCAGAGAAAUAAAAGAUAUUUUAAAUUCUUUAUUGAGAAUGCUGGCAUCAGUUAUGCAAAGUUUUUUCCAGUAGGGAGGGUCCUUGAUUGAAAAUUACAAAAUAGAGUAAUAAUGAGAAACAAUGGAAACUCUGAAGUGCCCAGAAAAUAAUAUGACUAAAUAAAGAAAACAUGUUAGCCUAACAUAUGAGCCCUUCGGCACUGUAAAGGAUUGACCAGGCUACACACUAUAAGUUUGUGACAUGACUGUUUCUUUUCAUACUCCACAAAAUUGUUAUCUGAUUGUUAUUGAUCUCUGUUACUCUGUAAUUUGUACCUCAUUUCUUCUAAUAGUGCAACAAGCAUUUGGUGAUUUUGCUGCUUCUUGGAAUGCAGAGCGAUUUGUGGAAAGGUCAAUAUGAUUACAAUGUUCUUUUUUUGUUUUCAGUUGUUGGUUAUUGUUAAAUGUACACCAACUCAAUUGGGGUUAAAUAGGUCAUUAUUGCCUAAGACCAAACGUGAUGCUCCCUGAACGGAGAUAGAUACUUGUAAAGAGAAAAAAAAAUUUACUGAAUUGCUAGGUACACUAACAACGUAGAACGUUCACUGAUUGCAAAGAGAAUGAUACUAUAAUGUGGAAAGUUCACUUAUAAUAAAGUGCGGGCGUUGCUUGGAAUUUCCACUGCUAUAUUUAAUUCACUCACUUUAAGGCUUUGUAAGUUACUGCCAAGUUGUGAUAGUAAUGGGGCAGUGUAAAUGGAGACUGCAGACUGACUGCGGACUAUUGUUUUGAGGGUUAGAAAACAAACGUGCUAUUGUCGUCAUAUACAGUGUACUCAUUUGCGUGGUGAAAACAACAGUCCGCAGUCUGCGUUUUACACUGACCGGAUAGUAACAGACCACCCAGGAUAGUAUGCGUAAUCUAGUGUACAUUGUAUCAUUUAACAGGGCUUGAAAAAGACUUGAAUUCCAGCUUGUCCUUUGGGCAAGCAGCUGUCAUAUUUUGCUUGCCUAGGGCCACUUCUUGCUGGUCUUAGUUUAUGAUUUGUUAGAGGAUGACUUGCUUUGUCUCUUGCCCAUUGGACCAGUAAGCUUUUACUGUGAAACUCACAAAACCAUGAACACCAGAAAUAUUAAUGGAAUGUUACUGUGUAGCGAGGAGGUAGCCAAUAAGGCGUGAGAAAACUAAACCGCAAAAAGCAAAGGUAAUUAGUUUGUGGUUUGGAGGUUUUCUCGCAUGUCAUAUGUAUACUUUAUUGUGAUUGGUCAAGACACAACCAACAUUCCUGAAAUUUUUCUGGUUUUCACAGUUGUCUGAGUUUGACAGUAAAGGUACUUACCCAGCAAGAAAAUUUACUUGUCCCAGACUACUAGGCAGGACGUUUUUUGAAACCUGCUUAAAAGUAACAGUGAUGCAAUGAGGUUCAUAAUAAUUAUAUUUUUAUUAGUAUAGUUCACUCAACACAUACCAAUACUAAUACCACCCUUGAAUAAUGCUGGUUGCCCAAAAUUGUAGUGGUUAUUAUUUUUAUUCAAUACAAAUUUAGGAAUCUUGAUUUUAGUCAACUUCUCUAUCUUUUUAACCUCCUUGUUAAAACUGUUAUAAAAGUCGUUUAUCUUGGAUUAUGUAGAUUCCAUUAUUGUAAGUCUCAUUUUAGACCCCUCAAUAUAGUUAACUUGGUUUUUUUCCCACAUUCAUCACCUAUUUACCUGUUUUGUUGAUAGCUAUAUAUACACAUUGUUGGUGCACCAGUAUUAUUGUUAUGGCAUUGUAAAAAAGACUUUCUGCAUUUAAAUGAGUAAUAGUUUACCACACAUCCUUAUAACUUUUCUGUCUUUUUUCGUGUUUUAUACUGCCAGAAGUUACAAGUUAUAAGUGAUUGAAUUGGUAAAAUUUAAGCAAUAAUUUUUAAAUGGAUUUUUCAAGGUUGAAAGUUAAGCUACAAUUAAUAUUCCCUCUCUAUGUUCUCUGGUUUUGCACCUUUUAACAGGGAAUUUGAUUUAGUUUAACUUGCCUUGUUCAAUUACUAACUUUGUUUUGGCCAUCCGUGAAAAUGUGAAAGAAAAAACUUCUAAGUUCAAUAUUUAGCAUCUUGAACCUAUGCAUGUGAAUAAUAUAUUGUUUUUACCCUCUGAUAACCAGCUGUUUUUUGAUUUAUGACAUUCCAAAACAACUUUGUAGUAUUUAUGUGAGCGUUAAAUUAUGUGCAUUUCUUAACAAAAAAACUGAUUUAACUUAUUCUAGAAUUAUUGGCAUCAUUGUCAAAUCAAAAGUGCAUUAGACGCUCAUGAAAAAUUUCCUAAGAAACAGACAAGUGCCAACAUCUUUCCUGAUUGGGCAAUAUAUUUUACAAUACCUUAAACACCAACAUCAUCAACGCCUCCUCACCUUUUCUUUUAAAAGAGCACUGAAGGCAUUUAUUUGUAAUAAUAUUUUAUUAUUAGUAUACUCCAACAAAAAUCUUGGCAAAAAGCCUUUUAAUUCUCAACAUUUAUAAACUUCCGUAAUAUUGAUUGUUAUUUUAAUUUUCCACCUGAUAUUAUUUUGUAUCCGUCACCGUAAUUUUUAUGCCAUCUUCGAAAAAUUGUAAUUGAGGAGGUCUAAUUAAUUAGUUUCCCUUAGGCCUCCUCGCCAUUUCUUCCUACAAUUUUUUUUGGCAUCUUUUUGUAAUUGUAAUUGUGUGGCAAUUAAAUAAAUACAAAUACAAAUACAAAUAUAGUGUCAGAAGUAUAAAACACAAUGCAAAUGAGUUGUCGUCUUUUGAUUGCCUAUAUUAAAAGCUACUGUUAUUGGGUAUAAAUGAGGUAAUAGAAAAGCAUUUAUUUUAUAAAUUACAGUCGACUCCCGAUAACUAGAACCUUCAAGGGAAAUGGAAAAAGGUUUGAGUUAUCGGGAGUUCGAGUUACCGGGAGUUCGAAGAAAAUAACCGAGAGAAAGGUAAAAAACAGUUUUGACUGCACAGUGAACAUUUUAAUCACAUUUAAUAGUAGAAAUGUCAAGUGAAAAUUAAAAGAUACUUUUAGAUUAUAGAUCAGAAUGUAACGUAACGAAACAUAGCCUAAAUAGAGCAUGCGUUUUACUGUUUUGAGAAGAAAAGCUGCUUCACGUUAGCCUGUGGCAAUCAACAUUAGCCUCCACUAGUAAACUACACUCCUACAACACGUCAAUAGGAAAUCCAAAAUUCAAUGUUUCGGAUGCCAGUAGAUGACUUUUUUCCCGACUUUUUAAGGGCUCAAAACAUGAUUCGAGUUAUCGAGGGUAAAAUUAUAUAGAAAAUGACCUGAAGGGAAACGAAAAUUGGUUCAAGUUACCGGGAGUUCGAGUUAUCGAGGGUUCGAGUUACCGAGGGUAAAAUUACAGUGAAUGUAUGACGGAAAUCCAGGGGAAAUCGAUUUUGGUUCGAGUUAGCGUGAGGUUCGAGUUAGCGAGGGUUCAAGUUAUCGGGAGUCGACUGUAUUUACAUAGUCAUAUUAAAGGCUACACUUACGUGAAAGCAUUCACAAUUACAUGUACUGCAUCAGGGAUCAGUCCAAGUAAAUUCUGCCAUGCCGAAAAGGUGGAAAUCAAAAUUUAAAAUACUAUUUUUGUUUGCUUCACUAGGUAUGCAUCAAAUCCAGCUCUUUUCAGGGAAGAUGGCUUUUUCUUCAUUAGACAUGGAGAGAGAUAUGUAGCAACUGCAUUUGCCUGGCAAGAUGAGCUUGAUACCUCUGUUGGCCAUUUACAUUGGUUAGCAGUCAUACCCAAGUACCAAAGGUGUGGGCUGGGCAGGGUGCUUACUCUUCAUGUUCUCAAAUACCAUAAAGAACAUGGAAAAAAAUCAGUGUAUCUUAUUACUGAGGUUUAUAGAAAUGCUGCUAUUAAACUGUACGAGAACCUUGGCUUUGUUCUCUGUGAUACUGAUUCCAGACAGUAGGCAGGUCAGUGAGAGAUGAUUUUCAACCUAGUGGACCACAGCUCCUAGACACUAAACCAAGAGGAAUACUGCUCACUAUUGGAAAUAUGGUAGGAAGAGUACUAUGUAAGGGUAGGAGUGGGCUGACAAGAGGGAUGUGUAAACUGUGAAAGAAGAGGUGGAAGUUGGGAGAAGGGAAAUGGGAAGUUAGAAAGAGGGAAUGGUAACUCAGAAAAACAUUGAAUGUAUAAGAGUAAAUUAUGUGUACCAUGCAUGUGCCCCACUGUGUUUGUAAAAAGGGACGAUAAUUGAUGUAUUAAGGCUGAAAAUUUGAUAGGAAGAGUUUUAUGUAAUCACGAGGGGCUGAGAAGAGGGAUGUGUAAACUGUGAAGGGAGAGGUGGAAGUUGGGAGAGGAGAAAUAAAAAAAGUAGAAAGAGGAAAUGGUAACUCAGAAAACCAUCAUAUAAAAGUGAAUUACGUGUAUAUAAUGUACUCCGUGGUGUUUGUUAAAAGGGAUGAUAACUGAUGUAUUAAGGCAGGAAAUUUGAUUGGAAGAGUAUUAU